ACACACACGGAGAGAUAGAGAGAGAGAGAGAGAGAGAGAGAGAGAGAUCGGGGUGUGUGUAUCGUUGCUCAGUCUCAGCGCGGAGAGCAUCUUCAAAGGGCGACUGCUCCAAAACCUGUAGCAGAAAAGCAAAAUACUCAGAAGUAUAUUUUAAAGGAAAUCAAGGCAUAUCUGUUCUCGAUCUGGCCGCCUUAGAUAUUUAAACGGUCUUUUCAGCACCUCGGUCAGCGCACACAAUGGCUCCUCUUAGCACGGAGAGUGGGCAUGUUGCAGAGGUCCCAAUGAGUGUGGCUGUAGUCAGCGUCUUUGGUCUUGUCUUCAGUGUUUCUGCCUUUGCCUGGAUUUGUUGCCAGCGCAAGGCCAACAAGAGCAGCGCCAAGACCCCACCAUACAAAUUUGUCCACAUGCUUAAGGGUGUGGACAUCUAUCCUGAGAGUUUAAAUGGCAAAAAGAAAUUUGCUGGAGAGAAGAUGCCAGACCCAGUGCAGGAAAAGUCAAGCCCAAGUCCCAGCAGCACACGCCCAGCACUUCACCUUGACUUGGAAAAACGAGACCUGAAUGGGAACUUCGCAUUUGUACCACCUGUAGCCCAUCCCAAAGUCCGAAGCUCUCCAGAAUUAAACAUCCCUUCCCCACACCCUGGCUUUAGACAAGGGGGAUACCAAGAAGAGGAAACCUCAGAGAGCAAUGUCUCCAGUCAGACACCCACACCAGCUCUGGACAGGGCCCAGGAGAAGGACAAUGGUGUAGGUACACUCUCCUUCUCACUCGAGUACAACUUUGAGAAGAAGGCCUUUGUUGUGCAUAUCAAGGAGGCUCAUGGUCUAUCUGCUACUGACGAGCAGUCCCUGACCUCUGACCCUUACAUCAAACUCACUCUGCUUCCUGAGAAGAAGCACAAGGUGAAGACACGGGUGCUCAGGAAGACCCUAGAUCCGGCUUUUGAUGAGACCUUCACGUUCUAUGGUAUUCCAUAUACUCGUGUCCCUCAGCUGGCUUUGCACUUCAUGGUGCUGAGCUUUGACAGGUUUUCUCGUGAUGAGGUCAUUGGAGAAACACUUGUUCCUUUGGCUGAUGUUGACCUCGCUGAAGGGAGGGUCCUAAUGAGCCGUGACAUUAUCAAGAGAAAUGUCAGGAGGAGUGCAGGAAGGGGAGAGCUAUUACUGUCUUUGUGUUAUCAGUCAACCACUAGUACCCUCACUGUGGUGGUUCUUAAGGCUCGGCACCUUCCGAAGCCGGACCACAAUGGACCCUCAGACCCCUACGUAAAAGUAAAUCUGUACCAAGGCAAGAAACGUGUAUGCAAGAAGAAGACUCAUGUCAAGAAGUGCACACCAAACCCUGUCUUCAACGAGCUCUUCGUCUUUGAUGUGCCUUCAGAGGAGGGCCUGAGGGACACCAGUGUGGAGCUUCUGCUGCUGGAUUCUGAUAGGACAGCACGCACACCUGUCAUUGGCCGCCUCCUCCUAGGCACGUCCUCUCCAGGCACCUCUGGCGAGCAUUGGCGUGAGAUCUGUGAUCAUCCACGGCGGCAGAUUGCCAAGUGGCAUGUGCUAGCCGAAGACUAGAUCAUGACACAUGCUCAAGAACUGUUAGAAUGCAAAGGAAUUGAAGUGGGACUUCAGGGGUUUAGGAGACUUAUUACGAGCGAUGUCAUCUGUUGGCUAUGUAAUUAAGAUGGGGCUUCUUCCGGAGGGGAGAAGCCAUCUGUACCCAGCCAAUCAAUGAUUCCAAAGACAAUCUGCAACACCCAGUGAUACUCCUCUUCAUAUUUCAUACAAUAUCUAAAUGGUCACCACAUUGUGCAGUUCCAAAUGUUAUGUCUCUAUUGCUGUUCGCUGCUCAAUAUCAAUAUCAGUGUACGGAAAAAUGUGAACAAAGGAACGUGAAACAGUUACUCUGAAUAUAUGUAAAUAUAUGUGGAUGAACCUUCUAUUUUGUAAAGGCCUUUUAUUUUAGCAAAUUGCAUUCUCUUUAACAGAUUUAUUCUCUUUUUUUGUACUUAAGUUAUUUUGGUUUAGGGUAUUUUGCCUGUGUUUUUGUAUGUUGUAAGUGGCCAGUCAUAUCUAACAUUUCAUCUACUGUAUGUGGAGGUAGCCUAAAUUAGGCCAACCUUAAUGAAUGAUGGACUGCAUGAACUAAAGAAGCCUGUUUGUAUGCAAGCCUUCUGUCUAUAUGUGUGUAAGUGAGCCUGAGCUUAUGUUUCUGAGUGUGUGUAUGAAUGUAUGUAUGUGAGUGUGUGUAUUCAAUUCUGAUUGAAGAGAGAUCUCUCUUUAAAGUCAGCACAAUGGCAGAAUGUAAUGUCCAUGUACCUUAAUAUAAAAUGUAAAGUUCAGAGAAAGUCACUGUGCCUCCUAAUCAUUCCAUUCCUAAAGUUAUCACAAUGAUGCUGUUAUGGUAUACAUUUAUUUGUUUGUUUGUAAGUCAGAAUUUAGCUGAAGUAAUUGUUUUGUCCUUUGUUUAAUGUUUAGGGGCCAGAACUCAUCCAUUCACUCCCUAGGCUAUAAAUUAAUCCAAUACCAAUGUAAAAAUGAAACCUUCUGAAAUCAAACAAAGAAACACGAUCAACAGUAGUUUAGACAUGUCUUGACUGGUUACUUGUUGGUCAUCAGCAUAAUUUUUUUUUUGCUGUUUAUAGAACUGUGAGUGUCAUAGACCCAAGAUUCUCUACUGAGCGGAUAUGUUACUGAAAGUGACAUGUGAAAAUUGCAAAAAGAAUCUUGCUCUGAAAAAUAACCAAAUACUAAACAAUGUUCUAAAUUUAAAAAGUCACUGUCAUUAAAUAUUAAUGUCAAAAUAA